GUUCAGACUGCCGCUACUGCUGCUGUCUGCCUUAAUUCAUAGCCCAGUUUUGUCAGCGGUAUGGCUGACAUCUAACGCAUCCGCUGAAGGCCUUUCUCUUCCUUUGGACCAACACAUGGAAACAGCCACAUUCAGGCAGGAUGGGCUCCAGACUGAAAAAAAACCCUGAGCGAACGUUCAACUGGUUCUUUGAAGCAACUUGCCCUGUGGCCAGAGACAAAGACCCUGGAGUGCAGUUUCAGUUUCCAGAAGACUUCAGUGACGAGGAUUCCUGUCACACCUUGCCCAGAUUCUGCUUCCCGUACGACAUACACAGAUCGAGGGACACGGUUGCCGUGCAGCACUUUACUUUCGUUCUGACUGACCUCGAGGGAUGCCAACGCUUCGGCUUCUGUCGUCUUACCAACAGCACACAAGUCUGCCUUUGUAUUCUCAGUUAUCUUCCAUGGUUUGAAGUGUUUUACAAACUUCUCAACAACUUGGCUGAUUAUCUCUCAAAAGGACAAAUCAGCGAGAUGAAAGCCCUCCUGGCGGCGCUCUACCAACAGCCCAUACCACUGCCAGCUGGAUCGGUCACCCUGCAGAUGGGAGAGCAACUGUUGGUCAGCACAGAGGUGUUUCAUCCUGUUGGGCACCCAGAGACACAAGAGGGGAUUCCAUAUUUCAUUGCUCCAGACCAGCGAAGUCUCCCCACCAUCCCUGAAAAUAGGAACCUGACCGAGCUGAUUGUGGCAGUAGAUGUUGGGAACCUUCUUCAUCUGUACGCCAGCAUGCUGUUUGAGAGACGCAUCCUCAUCUUUGCAAGCAAACUGAGUACUCUGACAUCUUGCGUCCAUGCACUCAGUGCUGUGUUAUACCCGAUGUACUGGCAACACAUCUUCAUACCCGUCCUGCCUCCGCACCUACUAGACUACUGCUGUGCACCGAUGCCUUAUCUAAUUGGGGUCCACACCAGUCUAUCUGAGAAGGUGAGGAGUCGUGGAUUGGAAGAGGUUGUGAUUCUGAAUGUGGAUACAAACACACUGGAAAACCCGUUUGAUGACCUCAAGAGGAUACCUUCAGAUGUGGUGUCCGGGCUGAAGAUGUGCUUGAAGCGUCAGGCGGUGUCACCUGGCUGUGGGGUCUCUCUGGCCUUCCUCAAAGCUCAAGCUCUGCUGUUUGGAGGCUACAGGGACGCACUGCAGUGUCACCAGGAAAGUGAAAUCUAUUUCUGUGAAGAGCUGUUUCUAGAUCACAAGUCUACCAGCAUGAAGCAGUUUUUGGAAAGUGCCGUCCAUCUGCAGUUUUUCAAGCAGUUCAUUGAUAGUCGCCUGGAUAUUCUUAACAAAGGGAAGGAACCAGACGACCUCUUUGAGGACGAGAUAAAGUGUGGAACAACAGCAGGAAGAAGUAAAUCUUAUCAGCAGUUAGUUGGUAAUUUAAAGAAAGGGGGAGGAGCUCUCAUUCUCAACAUGAAGACCAAAGCCAACAUGAAGGCCAAAGGCCUCACCAAGUCGGGUUUGAAAAACCUGCUCAUUCACAAGGCCAACAGUGAAAAACAAGCCCUUCAGAGAGGUGGUUCGGUAUCACACCGCCGCGCCCGGUCUGACUGCCUGCAGAACCGUCUGCCAAUCACACAACACUUUGGAGUAUCACGACCCCGUCGGCCAGUUCAGAAUCUCGGAGACCAGGAAAACGCGAGGGACACUGCAGAUGGAUGGGACAGAGCUGUGUCCGAGUCUGUGGCGAAGCCUGAUUCUGAGCUACAGAAGGAUGAAGAGGAAGGGGACGACUCGCCACUGUGCGACCCGGAGGAGAUGGAUCUCCUUGGGGAGAUCUUUGACACGCUCAGCUCACGCAGCUCCCAUGAACGUGGCCUUUUGUACGCCACUCGCAGCCUGGAUCUGUUUGGAGCGGACAGCCAUGACUAUAUCAUGAAGCGUGGACCUGAAAACCCCAGCCAGGAGAGCCUAUUUAUGUCCAUCAGCGGCAGCGGCAGCCUGCACAGCUGGAAUCUGGAAACCACAGAGGAGCUGUCACACCUGACAGAGGACUCUGAUCCGCUGGACACCAGCCUGCCAGAGGAGCAGGGGACAGACAGCCUGGAAGCAGCAUGUGACGUAAAGGACCAAGAAAAACAACACGAGGACAUUGAGAAACACAAGGAAAUAAAUAUGGCAAUAAACGGGGAGCAGGAAGAAGAAGAAAAAUAUAUCAAGAAUAGCGUUAACGAAGUGAAGUUGGAAGGAGAGAGAAUGAAAGAUCAGGAAAAUAACACGGUUUUAGAUGAAGACCCUUCAAAACAAAUAUGUGAGACGAGAGAGGAUGACAAGUUGACAGACAAAAGUGGAGAUGACAGAAGUGAAUGUGAGGAGGUAGCUCUAGGACAAGAAACUGAAGGAAAAACAAAUGAAAUGGAGGACAGUGUGACAAGAGAAGAGAUCCAAGAUGAGAAAAAAGAAAUGGUUAAAACAGAUUUAAACAAAUGUAUAAAACUGAAUUCCCAUCACCCCAACUCUGUAGAGGAACAGCAAAGUCAAGGAGAGACUCCAUCCAACCCUGGGCCUCAGGAUCCUGCUGAAGACCUGAAAUAUCCAGCAGAAAAGGAUGAAAUAAGUGAAAAAGCAGCAGAGAACAAAGAGCAAGAGAAACGACAGGCCUUCUCUCCUCCAAAAGUGCAGUCUGCUGCAGCACGCUUCCAGCCGAGACCCACGCCCAAGCUUUCGGUUGAUUCUGUACUUCUACAAAAGGGGAACGCACAAACUCACUCACCAAGUGUCUCAGACAUAAACGAGAGUUCAGACACUCCUGAAGAACAAGACUGCACUCCAGUUAAAGUGUCUGAACUCAAGAAAAGGUUUGAAACUUAGAUGACGCUGGUCAGAUUCCUGAUCACGUUACCCCGAACAAAUGCUCUCUUAGUCAUUUUCUAUGGCCACCUCUGGUUCCUGACCUCGAAGCCAUUCGUUGCUCUUGAAGAUUUGAUCAAACUGGUGACAAAUUGUUACGAUUUUAAAGACAGUUCAGUUUCUCCCAAAGACUUAUUGUAGAGUUUUAUAAAAAUGUAACUCAAAUACCAGCAAAACAGUACAUCUCUUGCCAAAUAGUUUGAGUUUCAGGUUUGGGUUACAGCUUCACGGCAGCAGGAUGAGGCGUCGGUCGUGACUGAAAUGGAGCAACGGAUCAUAGCAACGCUCACAGUGGGCUUUUAAUAAUUCAUUUUGAACAAAAAGGUUGGUGUGAAAUGUGUGGACUAGAUGAAAUGGCAAAUUGCACUUUUAGAUAAAACCAGUGAGUAUCAUGUCUAAAAUAACUUGUAGAAUGAAGAUUGCAUUUGUGAAAAGCCUAUUAAGAAUCCAAAAACAUCUACAGUUUAUUUGUGGGUGAUAUACUGUGCUCCAGUUUCUUCCCUUCAAAAACUGACAUACUGAAGGAUAAAUACACUUCUGUAAUUUGCUCUCACAAAUCUGAAUAAAGAACUUCAAUAUUAAA